CGCCAACAUGCAGGGGGCAGGAGUGUUGACAAUUAAUUGGUGAACUCUCCUAAAAAAAUGGAGGCAGAGAAAGACUCUGGAAGAAGAUUGCGCCCGAUCGACCGCCAGAGGUACGACGAGAACGAGGACUUGUCGGACGUGGAGGAGAUCGUCUGCGUCCGGGGCUUCAGCCUGGAGGAGAAGCUGCGCAGCCAGCUGUACCAGGGGGACUUCGUGCACGCCAUGGAGGGCAAAGAUUUCAAUUAUGAAUACGUACAGCGAGAAGCUCUCAGGGUCCCCCUGAUAUUUCGAGAAAAGGAUGGACUAGGGAUUAAAAUGCCUGAUCCUGAUUUCUCUGUCCGAGAUGUCAAACUCCUGGUGGGGAGCCGUCGGCUGGUGGAUGUGAUGGACGUGAAUACGCAGAAGGGCACGGAGAUGAGCCUGUCACAGUUCGUGCGCUACUACGAGACACCCGAGGCCCAGCGCGACAAGCUCUACAACGUCAUCAGCCUGGAGUUCAGCCAUACGAAGCUGGAGCACCUGGUCAAGCGUCCGACUGUGGUGGAUCUGGUGGACUGGGUAGACAACAUGUGGCCCCAACACCUGAAGGAGAAGCAGACGGAAGCCACCAAUGCCCUUGCGGAGAUGAAGUACCCCAAAGUGAAGAAAUACUGUCUGAUGAGCGUGAAGGGCUGCUUCACCGACUUCCACAUUGACUUCGGCGGCACGUCUGUGUGGUACCAUGUGUUCCGGGGAGGGAAGAUCUUCUGGUUGAUUCCCCCAACCCUCCACAACUUGGCACUGUAUGAGGAAUGGGUGCUGUCAGGCAAACAGAGCGACAUCUUCCUGGGUGACCGCGUGGAGCGAUGCCAGAGAAUUGAACUGAAGCAAGGCCACACGUUCUUCAUCCCUUCCGGUUGGAUCCAUGCUGUCUACACCCCCGUAGACUCUCUGGUGUUUGGCGGAAACAUCCUGCACAGCUUCAACGUGCCCAUGCAGCUGCGCAUCUACGAGAUCGAGGACAGAACACGGGUGCAGCCCAAAUUCCGUUACCCCUUCUACUAUGAGAUGUGCUGGUAUGUCUUGGAGCGGUACGUGUACUGCGUGACUCAGCGCUCCUACCUCACGCAGGAAUACCAGAGAGAAUCCAUGCUUAUUGAUGCCCCACGGAAGGCCAGCAUAGACGGCUUCUCAUCCGAUUCCUGGCCAGAGAUGGAGGAGGAGUCCUGUGAGCCACAGCCUCAGGAAGAGAAGGAGGAGGGAGAGGAGGAAGAAGAGGGGGAAGGUGCAGACCGGGCCCCCAAGCUGCCUGCGGAUGGCCCCACCUCACCCUCCAGCACCCCGUCUGAGGACCAGGAGGCCCCAGGGAAGAAGCCCAAGGCCUCAACCUUGCGACUCCUCAAGAGGACUUUGUCCACCGAGUCGGAGGAGAGUUUGCGGUCCUCAGCGGCUGCCGACUGCCCCAGGACUCCUGCUGGCUCUCCUGUGCCGGAGGUGGCGACCCGCUGGGCUCACCUCACUGAGUUUGAGCUGAAGGGACUGAAAGCAUUGGUGGAGAAGCUCGAGUCCCUCCCCGAGAACAAGAAGUGCGUCCCCGAGGGCAUCGAAGACCCCCAGGCCCUCCUGGAGGGCGUGAAGAAUGUCCUGAAGGAGCAUGCGGACGAUGACCCAAGUCUGGCCAUCACUGGGGUCCCUGUAGUCACGUGGCCAAAGAAGACUCCAAAGAACCGGGCAGUGGGUCGGCCCAAGGGGAAGCUGGGCCCGGCCUCCGCUGUGAAGUUGGCCGCCAAUCGGACGACGGCGGGAGCUCGCCGGCGCCGGACGCGAUGCCGAAAGUGCGAGGCCUGCCUGCGGACGGAGUGCGGAGAGUGCCACUUCUGCAAGGACAUGAAGAAGUUUGGGGGCCCUGGGCGCAUGAAGCAGAGCUGCAUCAUGCGGCAGUGCAUUGCACCUGUGCUGCCCCACACUGCCGUGUGCCUCGUGUGUGGCGAGGCAGGAAAGGAGGAUACAGUGGAGGAAGAGGAAGGCAAAUUCAACCUCAUGCUUAUGGAGUGCUCCAUAUGCAAUGAAAUCAUCCACCCUGGAUGCCUUAAGAUUAAGGAGUCGGAGGGCGUGGUCAACGAUGAGCUUCCCAACUGCUGGGAGUGUCCGAAGUGUAACCACGCCGGCAAGACCGGGAAACAAAAGCGUGGCCCUGGCUUUAAGUAUGCCUCCAACCUGCCGGGCUCCCUGCUCAAGGAGCAGAAGAUGAACCGGGAUAACAAGGAAGGGCAAGAGCCCUCCAAGCGCAGGAGUGAUUGUGAAGAGGCCCCCCGGCGUCGAUCAGACGAGCACCCCAAGAAGGUGCCCCCUGACGGCAUCCUUCGCCGAAAGUCAGAUGAUGUGCACUUGAGGAGAAAGCGGAAAUAUGAGAAGCCUCCAGAGCUCAGUGGACGCAAGCGAGCCUCGACGCUUCAAACGUCCCCCGGUUCCUCACACCUAUCGCCGAGGCCCCCUCUAGGCAGCAGCCUCAGCCCCUGGUGGAGAUCCAGUCUCACUUACUUCCAGCAGCAGCUAAAACCUGGCAAAGAAGAUAAACUUUUCAGGAAAAAGCGGCGAUCCUGGAAGAACACUGAGGACCGGAUGGCUCUGGCCAAACCUAUCCGGCGCUUCAAGCAGGAACCCGAAGAUGAUCUGCCUGAGGCUCCCCCAAAGACCAGGGAGAGUGACCACUCCCGCUCCAGCUCCCCCACGGCUGGGCCAAGCACUGAGGGGACAGAGGGCCCUGAGGAGAAGAAGAAAGUGAAGAUGCGCCGGAAACGGAGAGUUCCCAACAAGGAGUUGAGCAAGGAACUGAGCAAGGAACUGAACCAGGAGAUCCAGAAGACGGAGAACAGCCUGGCCAAUGAGAACCACCAGCCCAUCAAGUCAGAGCCAGAGAGUGAGAACGAGGAGCCCAAGCAGCACCUGGGCCUCUGUGAGCGCCCCCAUCGCUUCAGCAAGGGACUCAAUGGCACCUCGCGGGAGAUGCGGCACCAGCUGGGGCCCAGCUUGCGCAGCCCACCACGGGUCAUCUCCCGGCCCCCACCCUCUGUGUCCCCGCCCAAGUGCAUCCAGAUGGAACGACAUGUUAUCCGGCCUCCUCCCAUUAGCCCCCCACCUGACUCACUGCUCCUGGAUGAUGGGGCUGCGCACGUCAUGCACAGGGAGGUGUGGAUGGCCAUCUUCAGCUACCUCAGCCACCAAGACCUGUGUGUCUGCAUGCGGGUCUGCAGGACCUGGAACCGCUGGUGCUGUGAUAAGCGGUUAUGGACCCGCAUUGACCUGAACCACUGCAAGUCCAUCACGCCCCUCCUGCUAAGUGGUAUCAUCCGGCGUCAGCCUGUCUCCCUGGACCUCAGCUGGACCAAUAUCUCCAAGAAGCAGCUAAGCUGGCUCAUCAACCGGCUGCCUGGGCUGCGAGACUUGGUGCUGUCAGGCUGCUCAUGGGUCGCCGUCUCUGCUCUUUGUAGCGCCAGUUGUCCUCUGCUCCGCACCCUGGAUGUCCAGUGGGUGGAAGGACUAAAGGAUGCCCAGAUGCGGGAUCUGCUGUCCCCACCCACCGAUAACCGGCCAGGUCAGAUGGACAAUAGGAGCAAGCUCCGGAACAUCGUGGAGCUACGGCUGGCGGGCCUGGACAUUACUGAUGCCUCCCUGCGGCUCAUCAUCCGCCACAUGCCUCUGCUCUCCAAGCUCCAGCUCAGCUACUGUAACCACGUGACCGACCAGUCCAUCAACCUGCUCACUGCCGUGGGCACCACCACCCGGGACUCCUUAACUGAAAUCAACCUGUCAGACUGCAAUAAGGUUACUGAUCAGUGCCUGUCCUUCUUCAAACGCUGUGGAAAUAUCUGUCAUAUUGACUUAAGGUACUGCAAGCAAGUUACCAAGGAAGGCUGUGAGCAGUUCAUAGCUGAAAUGUCUGUGAGUGUUCAGUUUGGACAAGUGGAAGAAAAACUUCUGCAAAAACUGAGUUAGUCCAAGGACAAGUAUGUAAAUAUGGUGGGUGGGGGGACCUGGCAGGGAGG